UCAUAGUUAACAAAUAAGCGUUUUAUAAAAUUCAAAAUGGUUAAAAAUUGUGCUGUGGUGAAUUGUAAAAACAGUAAAAAUAAUAAAAAAUGUAAAAAAGAUUUACAACAGGAUAAAAACUCCUUAUUUAAGCUGCCAAAAGACCCUGAUAUUGUUAGACAAUGGAGUCAAAUUUUGGGACAAGAUUUAGUGUUAGAUUCGAAAGUUGACAUUUUUAUUUGUGAUUUGAAUUUUGAAGAAGAAUAUAUUCUUCGCAAAGAUAUUAUUAUUAUUCCUAAUCAAGAACCGUUUGUGUCUGAACGAAAGAAAAUAACACUCAAACCUGGUACCAUCCCGACAUUACAUAAAAAUAUCAGCUCAACAAUGCCUGCUACAAAUAUUUCUGUAUAUGCCAAUACAAACGAAAGUGGUAUAUUACAUUCAAGUCAAAUAUUGCACGAUUAUGAAUGCAUAGAAGUCAACGAGGUUUUUGAUGACAAUUCAGUUGAACCUAAUAAUAUUGAACAAGUAUGACUAGAAUUAUUUAUAAUGUAAUGAAGUAUGGUAAUCGAUCGGGAAACUAUAAAUUAUUGG